AUGCCCAUCUCACUCACGCCACGCCAACCUCCCAGCUUUCGGGACAAGGAAAGCGAGCUUCAGAUGCGCAUCAAAGAGCCUUUCAAUGUUGUGGCUGUUGGAGAUAUCAUUCAAAUGAUGCCUUUCUCUAAUAGGAAUGACUCAAACAUACAAGCUCUCGUCCAAUUGAUGCAAAAUGCCGACAUCACAUUUGCGAACAACGAAAACACAAUCGUGGAUCGCCUCACAUUUCGCGGCCCUAUUGCCCACAUGGAGGCAGACAAGCACGUCGCAGAUGACUGGAGAAACAUGGGCAUCGAUAUGGUCACAAAAGCUAACAACCAUACAUUCGACUGUGGCGACGCUGGUCUUGUCCAAAAUUUCGAGCAACUUCGCCGCGUGGGUAUUGAGUAUGUUGGCACAGACUACAAUACUGCUGAGGCAAGGCUUGCCCGCUUUAAAACCACGCCUAAAGGCAUCGUGGGUUUCAUUGGUGCCUAUGCCGAAACAGAAGAUCAUUCUCAGCUGUUUGGUAUACCAAUGAAAGACCCAAUUGUUGUAACACCAGCCCAACUUGCGCAAUUGAAAGCAAUGCGCGAUAACAUUCUUGCCCGGCGUGCUGAAGUUAAGACGCCAAUUGAGAUGCCUAAUGCAGACCCUGAAGGAUCUAUACUUGUUUUUGGCCGCCAAUUCAGGAUUCAAAACGCCAGUGCUGACGCCGAUGAAGAGAUAAACAGUAUUAAAAGGCGACUACAACACCAUCUAGAGUCAAAGGGAGAAAUCACAUAUAGAAAUAACUCAGUCCGCUUAAACGUUUACCAUAGCGUCACCGCUGAGCAAAUGCAGCAGCUGCGAUCCAUUGCUGGCGUCAAUACAAAUGACAGCUCUGAGACUCUGGACGCCUUUGACGUUCACUUUCGAGUCGGUUCAAAUAUAGGGGAGUAUAGCUUUGUGAUGGAGCCCCAAGAUUUCCGCGAUAUUCUUCGUGAGGUUCGUACUGGGAAGCAGUUCUCUGAUUUCCUCAGCGUUACAAUCCACUGGCAUCAGAAUCGCUUCUCUUUCCAGCACUAUUCGUUCGACCACUAUCCGGCAGAUUAUCAGAUUAAGUUCGCUCGCGAAGUCAUUGACAAUGGCGCCGACUUUUUCUUCGGCCACGGUGUGCAUACACUCAAAGGGGUUGAAAUCUACAAGGGAAAGCCGAUAUUCUAUGGAAUAUCCAACUUUGUUUUCCAAAAUUCUCAGUUUCGCUCUUGGCGCGAUGAUGCCGCUGGACGAGCUCCGGCCUCUCUAGAAGGCCCUACCGUUGGGGAUGGUGAGACCAAUGAAAUGCGCUGGGCUUGGUUAGAUGAGCCAGAAAAUAGAGAAGCGUUGCUGGUAUCAGCUGAUUACGCUGACGGAAAGCUAUCUCGCGUGCUGGUCUAUCCGGCAGACUUGGGGAAGACCGGUCGUAAUGGUUCUAUGGUUGGAACGCCUACAAAGCCCACCCUUGAAGUUGCCAACGAGAUUCUUGGCCGACUUUGUGAGUACUCUGAGCCGUUUGGAACAAAGAUUACGAUUGAGGAUGGCGUUGGUGUGGUUCAUGUACCUUCAGGGGUUUAG